CUUCCAACAAUCAACUUUAAUUUUCUUCUCUACUUUAACCAUGAUUUAGUUAAUUGUUAACUUGUUGUUUACCUGGAAAAAGUAUAUUUGUUGUACAUGUUGAUUAUUCAACAAGUCAUUUAAUUGAAUUUAAUUUCUAUCUCCAUCUUCAUCUAUCUUGGUGUCUCUCUGUUUAUUAUUUUGUUUUUGGUUCUUCCAAUGUUUUCAAAUCUUUUAAUUGUGACUUUAAUUUAAUUAUUUUGGUGCCAUUUAAAGGUAAAUUGGACUAUCUUAAUCACAAUUUAUCUGGUAAUUGAUAGUUAAUUCUAAUAUUCUAUCAACGAUUUACUCAGAUCUGGUUAAUCUCUUUGUGUCUGUGGUUUUCUUUUUUUGGGCUUCCAUUUUAAUCGCCAUCUUAAAACCCGUCUAUUUUUGAUACUUUAGCUUUUGGAAUCAAAGAUAAUUCAUAGGAAUUACCAUGAAAUUAAGUGUCUAUUUUCUACUGCAAUUAUGGACUUUUGGCCUGUUCAUGUUGACAAAUGGAAAUCAAUCCAGUGGAUCAAUUUAUCCACAAGAUCUUUUAGUUUUAACCGUUGCCACUAAUCCAACUGAUGGAUUUCUCAGACUUAAUCGGUCACUUCAUCUAUUUGAACAUCGAUUCGAGGUUCUUGGGCUUAAUGAACCUUGGGUCGGUGGAGAUGUCGCUACUUCACCCGGAGGAGGUCAGAAAGUUAAUCUACUAAGAAAAGCUCUGGAAAAAUAUUCUAAAGAGCAAAAUCUAAUUAUCUUAUUUAUCGACAGUUACGAUGUUAUCAUAAAUUCUAAACGUGAAGAAAUUCUGGAUCGAUUCAACACACUAGGAGCUAAAGUCGUUUUCUCAGCUGAAGAUUUCUGUUGGCCCGAUCCAUCACUUGCCAAAGAUUACCCUGACAAAGACAAAGAAAAUAUUGGCCAUCGUUACCUGAACUCUGGAGGGUUCAUUGGAUUGGCUCCUCAGCUUUACGAGAUUGUCACAAGUUCCGCAAUAAAAGAUACUGAUGAUGAUCAAUUAUUUUACACGAAAAUUUACCUGAAUAAUGAACUUAGGACUAAAUGGUCCAUCAAGCUAGAUCAUAAGGCAGCCAUUUUCCAAAAUCUUCAAGGAGCUGUUGGUGAUGUUCAGUUAAGGUUCAAUGACGAUGGUUGGGCCAGCGUUCAUAAUGCAGCAUUCCAAACGGAUCCUGUAGUUAUUCAUGGUAACGGUCUCAGUAAGGUAGUACUUAAUUCAUUAGGAAAUUAUAUUGCCAAAUCAUGGUCUACCAAGCAUGGUUGCUCCUCUUGUCAAGACAAUCGUAUAAGUUUGGAUGAUAAAAAGGCUGAUGAAUUUCCUUCAGUUUUAAUUGGUAUCUUCAUCAUUCAUCCUACUCCAUUCAUAGAAAGCUUUUUCAACAGAAUCGUUCAAUUAAUUUACCCAAAGGAAAAGAUUAGCCUGAUCAUUUAUAAUAAAUCAGCCUAUCAUGAUAAACAUGUAGCUGAAUUUGUUAAGCAUAAUACCAGUGUUUAUGCUAAUGUUAAUGUGCUACCAGAUUCAGUUGACAAAGAUUGGCAAGCAAGAAACAUGGCUAUGGAGGAAUGUGUCAAGAUUAACUGUGAUUACUAUUUCUCAAUUGACUCGGAUGCACGUCUUAACAAUACUAAAACUCUGAUUAGUUUAAUCGAGCAGAAUAGGCGCAUUAUCGCACCGCUACUUGUCCGUCCUGGUAAACUUUGGUCCAAUUUUUGGGGAGCAUUGUCAUCUGAUGGUUUCUACUCACGAUCUCAUGAUUACGUUGAAAUCAUCAAGAAUGAAAAAAGGUAAACAAAU